AUGGCUGGUAUUACGCAAGAUUCCACAAAAUUCCAUACCAUUGUCGCAUCUAUUGAAAGCAGUAUUUUGGAGAAGGUAUCAAACAUCAUCGUCGAUCCUCCUGCGGAAAACAUGUACGACACGCUUAAGGAAAAACUUAUUAGCAGUUUUUCGGAUUCAGAGGAGAAGCGUCUCAAGAAGCUUUUGACUAACGUUGAACUUGGAGACAAGAAGCCUUCAGAGUUAUUAUCCGAAAUGCGGUCUUUGUCUCAAGGUAAGGUUUCAAACGACAUUUUGAAGCAGUUGUGGAUGCAACGUCUUCCUUCACAAAUGAAGGCGAUAUUGUCAGUUAGUGAAGAUAGUCUUGACAAAUUAUCAACGAUGGCCGAUAAGAUUGCGGAUAGCAGUGAAUCGGAUGUGUGCAGCUUUUCUCCAUCGAGCACUCGUUUAGAGGAAAUUGAAAAGAAAUUGCAAACGCUCUGCACGCAGAUAAAUUCCUUCAGGAAGUCAAGAAGCCGUAGCAAGUCAUCAUCAUCAAGGAAUAGACGGUCAAAUUCCGGAAGCAAAUCAAAACCUUAUUGUUGGUAUCAUUUCAAAUUUGGGGAGAAAGCCAGAAAAUGUCUUGCUCCAUGCAAUUAUAAGCCUCCAACUUCGGAAAACUGA